CAGACGUGCCACCCCCGGGAGCAGCUGCGCAACGAAAUGAACCUUCUGUACCGAAAGAGCAAGGUGGAGUGGAAACAGAGUAAGGACGAGGAGCCCAAGAAGAGUUCGGCCAAGGAGCCCAGCGUGGGGAAGGUGCGGGACGUGGCCUCUUUCCGCCGCCACUUCAGGAUGGGGUUCAUGACCAUGCCGGCCUCGCAGGAGCAUGCCCCGCACCCCUGCGCCAGCAGCAUGGCGCCCCGCUCCCUCUCCUGCCACUCGGUGGGCAGCGUGGACAACAGCUCAGGGGAUGCAGCCGCAGGAUCCCGGAAGCCGCCAGCCAAGCCCAAGCGCCACCCCAGCACCAAGCUCAGCGCCGAGGCCAAGUCCGCCCUGGAGCCGGCGGGGAGCAAGAGAGGAACUUCCCAUAAGUCAAGCGCAGAGAGCCGAGAAUCGGGGCGCAAGGUUCCCCCGCAGAAGCCAAAACGCAGCCCCAACACCCACUUAUCUGUCUCGUUCGACGAGACGUAUUCAGGUCGACUUCCAGGCCCCGCUGCGGCCGGGGCAAUGCAGCGCUACGGCCGCGCCUUCUCCCACAGCCAGGCAAAGGGCUCCGACGCCGAGGAAGACGAGCCCGUGUACAUCGAAAUGGUCGGGGACAUUUUCCGGGGGCCCGGCCUCCCAUCCCAAGCGCCCCCCACAGCCGACGAGGACUCUGACGAGAGCGAAGCCAUUUAUGAGGAGAUGAAAUACCCGCUCCCUGAAGAAGGCGGGGGGGAGUCCCGCCCCAAUGGGGCCCCGGCCUCCCCGCGCCACCGCCCUGUGAAGCGGGAGGCUGCCAAGGCAGCAGCGCCACCGCCAGGCGCCAAGACGUCCCCCUGCGAGAUCCCUCCGCCCUUCCCCAAUCUCCUGCAGCAUCGCCCCCCGCUGCUGGCAUUCCCUCAGGGGAAGAAGGGGUACAAACCCACAGGUCAGGACGGCUCCAAGCUGCCCGUCCCCUGCCACAGCAAGGAGGCGCCCUCCGCCCCCAUGACCCCACAGGUCCCCAGUCAUCACCACCACCAACACCACCACCCACGGAGCGGUGAGAGCGCCGCCCUGGGGCCCUCUGGCCGUGCCCGCAGCCACUCCACGCCGCUCCCUCCACAGCCCGCAGGCCAGAGCAAAGCAGAGAAGGAGCUCCCCAACUCCCACAGCAUGAUCUGCCCGCCGGCCAAGCAGGCCCCAGCGCCAGUGCUGCCCGCCGCCUCCGUCCCCUCCAUGCUGCCGGUGAAAGAGAAGCCGGCUGUUUCCUACACCAUGGUGUACUCGGCGGUCAAGGUCACCACGCACUCCGCUCCGGCCGAGCAGAAGACGGAGAAGGAGAUCUCGGUGCUGCACGGCCUGCUGUGCGCCCGCCCGUCCACCGUGCCGUCCUGCAAGCAGGUACAGCGGGCGUGCACGCUGCCCGACCCUCCGCCCCUGGGCAUGGUCUGGACUUACCCUGCGCCCUGCGUGGGCAUGAAGCGCCCGCCGGCAUACGAGAGCGUCAAGAACGUGGGCACCAAGGCUUCAUCGGCGGUCAAGAUCCAGCUGCAGGACCGGGCAUUCACCAGCAUCGCCUGCUCCCACGUCCUGUCCAGCGAGGAGUGCGGCCGGCCCCCCUUGGGAGAGGAGGAGCCCUUUGGAUGGGUCCUGCAGAGGAGGAUGGGCUACGCCAGCCAGAAGGGGAAAGAGCCGGAGAAGGCUGCAGAAGGCCCCCAAGGAUGGGACAGUGGGGAUGGCGCUCCACCGAAAAUGGAAAAGGAAGAGAAGGCCCACCAGCCGCCGGUGGUCCUGCAGUCGGGCAUCCCUGUCCGCGCCCCGGGGCCAGAGGGCCUGGCUGCCAAGAUGCCAGUGGGGAGGACAAAUUUGCCCAUUCCCUGCCAGACCUUCCCUGCCUGUCAUCGUAAUGGAGAUUUCACAGGGGGCUACCUUCUGGGCCGCUCGGCAUCCACCUCUGGCGUCCGACAUGCCGUGAUUCACGCGCAGAGACCGUGCAGCCACGCUCGGGACCCAGCCAGCCUGGCCUUGCAGCACGCACAGCUGCCGGCGUCGGGGGGCCCCCAGAGCUCCCGCGAGAGGGACGGGAAGCUGCUGGAGGUCAUUGAGCGCAAGCGGUGCGUCUGCAAGGAGAUCAAAGCACGGCACCGCCCCGAGCGCAGCCUGUGCAAGCAGGAGAGCAUGCCCAUCCUGCCCAGCUGGCGGAGGAACACGGAGAACCGCAAGUCCGGGACGCCGCCCUGCCGCCGCCAGCAGACGGUGCUGUGGGACACGGCCAUAUGACAGUGAGUGGGGGCUGAGCCCCAAGGAACCUGUGCCUUGUGCUGGCCGAGCUGAACACAUCGUCGUCGUCGUUGCAGGGCUGACUGCUGGCAGCAUGGUGCCCUGCCUGCCCCGGGGGGCCCUUCUGGCCUGGGACUAACCAGAGACUGCCUGGGCUGCCUGGGGGCGAGCUCUCUGCUGAGCUAUGACUUUUGGCGAAGGAGAGGGGGAUUUCUCCUUGGCGAUAUCACGGAUGGAAAAGAGAUAGGGAUGGAUGCUGGAAACGCCAGGCAAGACACACCCAUCCUGGUGGAUAGCCAGCUACCACCACCGCCGCCGCUGCUGCCGCUGCUGUUGCCUCCCUCUGAGGAACCCCUGCAUCAAUGGCCACAGCCACACCACAGAGGCAGCUGCAUAUCAGAGCCAAGCAACAGGUUGCCUGUUUGGAACAGCUGCCCCCACCUCCCCACGCCAGAGCCAGCUGCAUCUAUGCCAACUGACUGACAUCUAAGACACCAACACUCGCCUUUCUUAGGAGGUUGUGGGCGGGGGGGGGCGGGGAGCGGCAGGUGUAGCCGUGCUGUGGUUGCGUGUGUGUCGGGCGAAAAGAUAGCCGCUUCCUCCUUUUGCCAAAAGAUGAUGUGGUUAAAAGUGCCAGGCGCACUUCCAAUCGCUCGCACGGUUUUUCCCCUUCCAUCUCUGAAAAUGCCACUUGGGAGUGGA